ACCCCCCGGGAUCUUCCCACUAGUGGAUAUGAUCAUAUCGACGCUGAACGACCAGUGGAGGAGGAAGAACUGCCUGAUGACAGAGCAGACCGGUUUUAUCCCGUUCAUCUGGGCGAGGUAUUUAAGGAUCGAUAUCAAGCAAUUGCAAAGCUUGGCUUUGGUUCGUCGUCUACCACUUGGCUGGCUCGAGACUUAAGGCACGCGUUAUCACGCUCCACUGCUCUAGCACACCAGUAUGUCGCGCUGAAAGUUUAUGGGCGUACAUCGUUAGUUCACCGUGAACUGCCGUCCUAUCACCAUAUCGCCAGUCGUAUAACAGACAGUUCACACGAAGGACGAGACAAUGUGCGCAGACUGUUGGAUUCGUUCACCGUUAACGGUCCUGAUGGCGACCAUAUUGUCCUUGUCUUCGAAUCCGCACAAAUGAGCCUCCGCGACAUGAAGGUCGUAUUUCACCCGGAAGGAUUUGACGAAGACUUCGUCAAGGGUGCUAUCAUUGAGCUCUCGAAGGCUCUCGAUUUCCUACAUACGCACGGGGAGAUUGUCCACACCGAUAUCCCUUCCAGCAAUAUGCUCCUUGGUGCCUUCGACAACAGCAUUUUCAAGGCCCUUGAAGAGAAAGAACACACAGAUCCGGUGGCCCGUAAACAAGUGUCUCCUACCCGGACAAUCUAUCUCUCUCGGCUGAUGCGACCUAAGCUAGGCCCAAUGCUGUUAUCUGACUCCGGCGAAGCCAGAAUCGGUCGUGGACCUCACGGUGGCGAUAUCAUGCCCUUAGAAUAUCGUGCCCCUGAGACAUUACUUUAUGUGGGCUGGAGCCGUCCGGUUGAUAUAUGGAGCGUCGGCCUCACGGCAUGGGACCUCCUGGAGCCAAAGAGGCUGUUUACUGCACGAGACGAUGAUGGCGACCUCUACGAUGCUGCUCAUUUGGCACACAUGAUCGCAGCAUUAGGGCCUCCUCCGAUGAAAUUUCUCGCUAAAAAUCCAGAGAGAAGAGCGGAUUUUUGGGAUGACGAAGGGAAAUGGCUGGGUCUUGCGCCCAUACCGGAGGCUCGAACAAUGGAAGCCCUUGAAUGUCGCUCGAACGACAAAGCAGACUUCCUUAGGUUCAUUCGGAGGACAUUGACCUGGAUGCCGCAAGAAAGAGCAACUGCUAAGGAGCUUUUGGAAGACCCUUGGUUGACAGGGGGAACUCGCUAG